AAGUAAGAAUGCCUGCGACCGCUCGGCGAGCAGGCUUGGCUGGAUUUGGCCGGCUCGAACGUAUCCAUUGCGUCAUUCAUCGCGGCGUAAAGCGGAUGAUCCAUCGACGCAUGAUCGACUUCUAUCUCGACAUCUAUCUCGUUCGUCCUGUUCGACGUCACGCGUAUUUUUCCGCUACGUCGCUACGUGUUCGUCACGUUCGAGCGUUUUUGAGCUUUUUUUCUACCUGCUUUAACCAUCUGCUUCCGCUGCUCGGAUCCUAUCGAAGCAGAUUGAUCGAUUACAUUAAUCGGAGAAACCGUUAACAAUGGCAUCGCGCGUGGCAGAAUUUUACAACGACAAAAACGUAUUCAUCACCGGCGGUACCGGCUUCGUCGGCGUCUGCCUGAUAGAGAAACUACUGAGAUGCUGCCCCGACAUCAAGAACAUUUACUUGCUGAUGCGACCGAAGAAAGGAAAGCAGAUCGCGGAAAGAUUAGAGGAGUUGACAAAAAAUUCGGUCUUCAAUAGAAUGAGAGAGGAGAAGCAAACUGAUCAAUUUAAGAAACUGAUUGCAAUCGCCGGGGAUGUCGGUGAGGAAAAUCUGGGACUGUCUUCGCAGGACCGAACAACUUUGAUAAAUACAGUUCAGCUUGUCUUCCAUUCAGCUGCUACGCUAGACUUUGAAGCUGACCUGAAAACCACGACGAUUGUCAACUUGCUGGGAACUCGCAGAAUUGUUCAACUCUGUCAAGAGAUCAAAGACCUAAAGGCAUUAGUCCAUGUCUCUAGUGCAUAUGUUAAUUCAGUGAUACACAAUGUUGAUGAAAUAGUUUAUCCACCACCAGCAGAUGUAAAUACAAUUCUCAAAUUAGUUGAGACACUGGACACUGAUACUUUGGAUGCGAAAACACCAGAAAUAUUAAAAAAUCAUCCAAAUCCAUAUACAUUCACUAAACAUUUGGCCGAAUACGAAGUAGUGAAUGGAGGACUCCCAGCGACUAUCGUGCGUCCUUCGAUGAUAAUAGGAGCGUGGAAGGAGCCGAUUCCAGGAUGGACAAUAUCGAAAAACGGACCACAGGGUUUUAUAUUAGGUGCUAGUAAGGGUGUCGUCAGAAGAUUACCAGUUGCGAAACAUCUCGUUUAUGAUUACAUUCCAGUAGAUAUAGUAGUGAACAGUCUGAUUGUCGCUGGUUAUAACGUCGUUCGUGAUAGCAAUAAGGAAUUGAAGGUGUACCACUGCACAUCUAGCACGUGCAAUACUUUCCAGUGGGAAUUAGUAGAAAAGAAUAUUAACACUUAUCUACACAAGUAUCCAUUACGAAGCGCUGUUUGGUAUCCAUAUUUGAAGUUUGUACCGUCACUCUUUUUGUUUAGAAUCUCCGCUAUCUUCGUUCAUUUCAUUCCCGCGUAUAUUUUGGAUGCAAUUACUCGAUUGUGUGGAGGUCGUCCGAUUCUGGUUCGUUUACAUACGAAUGUUAAUAAGUCGUUGGGUCGCCUUGAGAAAUUUAUUUUUCAAGAAUGGAGAUUUAAUAAUUUGUGUAUGCUGCAGUUACAUGAAUCAUUAUCUCCCGAGGAUCAAAAGUUAUUUACGUUAGAUAUUAGAUCAUUGGUCUGGAAAGACUAUUUUGUAGAUUUAAUACAGGGUGUUAGAAUGUAUCUUAGUAACGAAUCUCCGAAAUCUUUACCGAAAGCACGUUCUAAGGAUAAAAUACUUAUGAUUGCUCAUUUGGGUUUGCAAGCUGCUCUCUUAGGUCUGAUCUGGUGGUUGGUUAAAAAUUUAUUUGCUACAACAUGGACGAAAACUGGUUUAGUUGUACCAUUAGCUUACAUACUGUUUGAUCAGUUGUAAAUGUAAGCAAUAUUACAUUCGAGUACUAAUAAUCUAUAAA